UAUAAUUUUAUUUAAAAUCUGGAAAAAUGGCAUUAAAAGCUUACGAGGACGCUUGCAUGAGAGCUGAAUUAUUUGGACAGCCUAAACCGGAUAAGGAAGAGUUCUUGUCAAAACAUAAACAUUUGGAUAUUGUGGAAUUUGAGGAAGUAGACAUAAAGACUACAGAGAAUACUGCAAUGCUAAAUGACGAUUUAAAGGAAACAAGCGGUGCUCUUAAAGAAUUAAAUACGAUAUUGACUUCUACGCAAACAAAGCUUAAUCGCAUGAAGGGCGUCUGUGGCACCGUGACCAACUUCUUUCGCUUAAAACUGGCAGCCAAAGACAACUUGUCCUACUCCAGUGAACCCAGCUACGUCGGACAAACGAACUACGACAAAGACUACGUAGCACCAAAAAACACCGAUGUAGGCUUUAUAAACACAGGCCUUGGCCCUGAGGACAAUGAAAUGACGCCGCGCGCGGGAAAAACAAAACAAAAUGGCGGCGACAUAAACGCUGCACUGGCGGCCUUGGAACAGAUGGAGGUCAACGAUAAUAGUUCUUUAUUGGGAAAAGCGGCUGUAAUAGAUCACCGGAAGCAAGUUUCCUCCCAAAUGAGUAAGUUGGAUAACAUGAUCCUGCAAGCAGAUAGAGCUGAAGCGUCUUUGAGCAAUCAGAAUAAACAAAUGCGAUCUUUUUUACGAUAAAUAAGCUAGGGCUCUAGGGAUCGAUUGCAAAACUUUGUCAGCGACAAUGUCGCAAUGCUUUCUGAUUGGCUAACACUGGUGCCAAUA